AGCCGCGGCGCAGAGCCGGGAGGGCCGCGGCCACCGGAAGAGUCGCGGUCGCCAGCAGAGCCGGGAGAGUGGGGAGCGGAAGCGGCGGCCGCGGUGGCGGCAGGCGGCGCUGGGACCCGGGAGAGGCCGGAGAACAAGGGAGCUGGCGCCGCGGCCGGCCGCCGAGCUAGGCUGAGCCGCUGGGCCGCGCCGAGCGCCGUCGCCGCCCGAGAGGCCCGGCGGGGCCGCGGGAGCAGGCCGCGCGCGGGCCUCCGGGCCCGAGGCCGGAGCCAUGGGCGAGACCAAGAUCAUCUACCACCUGGACGGGCAGGAGACGCCGUACCUGGUGAAGCUACCCCUGCCCGCCGAGCGCGUCACCUUGGCGGACUUUAAGGGCGUUCUGCAGCGACCCAGCUAUAAGUUCUUCUUCAAGUCUAUGGACGACGAUUUCGGAGUGGUGAAGGAGGAGAUCUCUGACGACAAUGCCAAGCUGCCCUGCUUCAAUGGCCGGGUGGUGUCUUGGCUGGUAUCUGCCGAGGGCUCCCACCCAGAGCCAGCUCCCUUCUGUGCCGACAACCCAUCAGAACUGCCACCGCCCAUGGAGCGCACAGGAGGCAUUGGGGACUCCCGGCCCCCAUCCUUCCACCCUCAUGCUGGUGGAGGCAGCCAGGAGAACCUGGACAAUGACACAGAGACGGACUCCUUGGUGUCUGCCCAGCGCGAACGGCCACGCAGGAGGGACGGUCCAGAGCACACAACCCGGCUAAAUGGAACUGCAAAGGGGGAGCGGCGGCGAGAGCCAGGUGGUUAUGAUAGCUCAUCCACCCUUAUGAGCAGCGAGUUAGAGACCACCAGCUUCUUUGAUUCGGAUGAGGAUGACUCUACUAGCAGGUUCAGCAGCUCCACAGAGCAGAGCAGCGCCUCGCGCCUGAUGAGAAGACAUAAGCGGCGGCGGAGGAAGCAGAAGGUUUCGCGGAUUGAACGGUCCUCAUCCUUCAGCAGCAUCACGGACUCCACCAUGUCACUCAACAUCAUCACUGUCACUCUCAACAUGGAAAAGUACAAUUUUCUGGGCAUCUCCAUUGUGGGCCAGAGCAACGAGCGCGGUGACGGAGGCAUCUACAUUGGCUCCAUCAUGAAGGGUGGGGCUGUGGCUGCGGACGGACGCAUCGAGCCAGGAGAUAUGCUGUUACAGGUAAACGAGAUCAACUUUGAAAACAUGAGCAAUGACGACGCGGUCAGGGUCCUGCGGGAGAUUGUGCACAAACCGGGGCCCAUCACCCUGACUGUAGCCAAGUGCUGGGACCCAAGUCCACGUGGUUGCUUCACACUGCCCAGGAGCGAGCCCAUCCGGCCCAUUGACCCUGCAGCCUGGGUCUCCCACACUGCAGCCAUGACCGGCACCUUCCCUGCCUAUGGCAUGAGCCCCUCCCUGAGCACCAUCACCUCCACCAGCUCUUCCAUCACCAGCUCCAUCCCUGACACAGAGCGCCUAGAUGACUUCCACCUGUCCAUCCACAGUGACAUGGCCGCCAUUGUCAAAGCCAUGGCCUCCCCUGAAUCUGGGCUGGAGGUCCGUGACCGCAUGUGGCUCAAGAUUACCAUCCCCAACGCUUUCAUUGGCUCGGAUGUGGUGGACUGGCUGUACCACAACGUAGAAGGCUUCACGGACCGGAGAGAGGCUCGAAAGUACGCCAGCAACCUGCUAAAAGCCGGCUUCAUCCGCCACACUGUCAACAAGAUCACCUUCUCUGAGCAGUGCUACUAUAUCUUCGGUGACCUCUGUGGCAACAUGGCCAACUUGUCCCUCCAUGAUCACGACGGUUCCAGUGGUGCCUCUGACCAGGACACGCUGGCCCCUUUGCCACACCCAGGGGCCGCCCCUUGGCCCAUGGCUUUCCCUUACCAGUACCCACCACCCCCACACCCCUACAACCCGCACCCAGGCUUCCCAGAGCUGGGGUACAGCUAUGGUGGGGGCAGCGCCAGCAGUCAGCACAGUGAAGGUAGCCGGAGCAGUGGCUCCAACCGUAGCGGCAGCGACCGGAGGAAGGAGAAGGAUCCGAAGGCGGGAGACUCGAAGUCGGGAGGCAGCGGCAGCGAGUCGGACCACACAACCCGCAGCAGCCUGCGGGGGCCACGGGAAAGAGCGCCCAGCGAGCGCUCGGGGCCUGCUGCCAGCGAGCACAGCCACCGCAGCCACCACUCAAUGGCCAGCAGCCUGCGCAGCCACCACACGCACCCGAGCUACGGUCCCCCUGGCGUGCCCCCUCUCUACGGUCCCCCCAUGCUGAUGAUGCCCCCACCACCCGCGGCCAUGGGGCCCCCAGGAGCCCCUCCGGGCCGCGACCUGGCUUCUGUGCCCCCCGAACUGACAGCCAGCAGACAGUCCUUCCGCAUGGCCAUGGGAAACCCCAGUGAGUUCUUUGUGGAUGUGAUGUGAACAGGGCCCCUUCCCCACGUCGAUCCCGCUCCCCCGGGCGGCUGCGUCCCUCUCUCCAUCCGUCCUUCUUUUUUACUUUGUCUGGUACCUGAAAGGGAAAUAAAUUGAACUAAAUUCAG